AUGCCACGUUCAACUAGCUUGCAAAGCAGCGGCACCCGAGUGUGCGGUUCCCACGCGAGGCCAUCGAACAUUACCAUUACGACGGGGACCGUACCGGGUGGGCACGGUACAAGCGUAGCACCGAGAUCACGACCUAAGCCAACCCAACAAACGUCUUCCUCGACUACACCCUCGAUCGGGCUGACCUUGGCUCCGAUAUCGCUGAAUCCGUCGCCGAAAAACGUCAUCUCUCCCGUUCCUGCGGCAACCGCAAACGUAGAGUGCGGGAAGUUUGUGGCCAACUUUGACGACAAAUUUCUCGCUGCCUCAGUUCCCCGGCAGAGUCCCCUAUCGCUGGAAGGUGAUUCGACGUCCUUCAGAUUCGCGGUUCCAUCGAAUGCCGUUUCGCCAGCUGCCCUGCUGUCUCCGUUCGAGCAGGAACCCAUGUCGACAUCCACCACCACCGUUUCUGUACGUCCUCGGCCGACGGCACUGAUUCCAUCGCAGCAGCACAUCCUCAGCAACUCCAACAGCGAAAAGUCGCUCGUAUCUCCUCUGUCAGGCUCAUCCACCUGGAACCCGUUCGGUGAUCCGUCGCCGUUCAGCCCCAUUUCGACGCUGACCGAAGAUCAGCUGUUUGGGGCCGAGUUCGAUAAGCUGCGGCUCGAGGGAAGCCAAACGUCCAUAGUGACCUCGCCGGAGGAGAUGAAAUCGGACCGCUGUGCGCCGUAUUGGGGAUCGCAGACGCGAGGCUCCCUGUCACAGGCCUUAUCAACUGGCAUGCUGCAUGCGGCAGCGACCGGUGCCCACGGGAACGGCGGUAACUCCAGCAGGGCCUCGGGUCUGCAGCUCGGGGACGAGGAUCCCUUCGGCUCGGCACCGUUUACGUUGCCGAAACGGUUCAAACAGAAAAGCAGCUCCUCAAAGCUAGCGUCGAAGCUGAGCGAUCGGUGGCGACACGCCGUCGGUGGCCAGGGUGGGAAAGAGAGUUUGAUCGAAAGCACUCCCGUCGAACCGCUGUCCGGCAAUGGAAUCGAAGCGUCGGCCACGAAGCACAAGGAGCAAGGAGCGCUGGACAAAUCGACGCUAAUUGGCGGGGGACCAAAGAAUUUGAAACUGGACGAUCUGAUCAGCGGGGCCGGCGAGAAGGAUUCGCCCAGCUUCAUAAAGCUGCCGCUGGACGAUCGCAACAAGUACGAGAAGCUCAACUCCAACGGUGUCACUUCGGAUGACAGUGAUUCCGAGUAUUACCCGGAAUCGGUGGGAGGAUCGAUCGUGGGUAGCGGAGUGGCACCCGGUGGCGUGAGCCUGGGAUCCGGUUCCGGCCACGGUGGUGCGAGUGUGGGCGGAAGUGCGAAGAAGCAAAGCUUUAAGCAGUUCGUCGAGAGCAACAUUCCGGAGAAACUGCAAGCAGUUUACCAUAAGGUGGAUAAGAGCCAAAUAAAAAAUGUCCAAAUCGUGAAGAAGCUAAGAAGCAAAGUGGCCCACGGCAGCACAGUGACCGGGGGUGCGCCAAACAUAGCCACCAAAGGGAAGCGUUCGGGCAAGGGUUCGGCGACGCAGGACGAACGUCGGGCAACGGCGGGAACGGGAGAACAGGCAUCGGACGAUGACUCUAUCGGGUCGGCGUCCGAUCUUCGUGCCAACGACGACUUUCCCGAGGGCGAGGAACCGGAACCGGUGCCUCCGAGUGAUGGCCGGGCCAAGAAAAAGCUGUUCGGCCGCGGUGCGUUCGGCGCCGGUGGCGAGGGCAGCGUGGACGACUGCAUUAGCGAGAGUAUAAGAACGUGCGGUUCAAGUGCCUACCACGCGGAGUGUGAAAGUGUGACCACGAACGAGGACAACACGAGUCGCAUCGUGACGCGGGUGCGUGUCAAGAAGCGUGACCAUCUCGAUUCGAAGCACAGCGUGAUCGAUGAGGACGAUUCGGCCGAAGAGGACAUGAUACAGGGCGAGAAGCCGCUCCUGCUGGACGACGAGCUAGACUACGAGUCAGCCGCCGAAAACAACACCAGCGGAGAGGAGAUCCUAAUGGAUCCGUUCUCUCCCGAUGACGAUGGAGUCAGUGCGGCACCGGCGGUGCAAAAACCACACAGACACCCCCCGGAGUGUCCACCGGAAGACGACGGCGCUGACGUCGAACUGGAUCCGUUUGCGAUGGCCCCGUUUCGGAAGCCGUUCGUACCGAAGCGGUCAAGUGGAAUGAAAUUUUUGCCCGAAGUUCACUCGAUUCCGGAAAACCCUUCUGCCCUUCUGCCUGCGAAUGACUUUAUGACCUCAACGCCAAUAAAACCCUUACCUGCGAUGCCGAUGCCACCGGUACCGAGGCUACCGGUGUGUAACGAUUUGCUCAAUCUCGAUGAACCGUCUGCCCCACCAUCGUCGCGCGAAAAGUCGCCCCACUUCCAACGGGAUCUGUUUGGUUCGGAACCAUUUCCGGUGAAUACGAUGGUCACCAUUUCGCCCAGCCUUGUAAGUGGCCAGCCGGUGGCUUCGCCUCCGCCACCGCCUCCGCCAGUAAUUUCUCAGGAACCGAUAAUCAGUAGGGUUACGAUCGAACCCGGGUCCGUCUCGCUGACACACAUCGUCCCGCACGCGCUGAGUCCUUUGGUUCCGGUACUACCCGCACCACUACCGCCACCGCCACCACCGGUCUCGUUGACUGCCAGCCAGCAGACGAACAACAGUAUUCUCCCGUUAAACUACUAUCACCAACCGCCGCCGCAGGUAGCCGCCGUAUCAUCGGCUAGGCGGAACUACGUCAACUUUAGCCAAAUACCGUCUCACAGUAUCGGAAACAUUUCGCCAGACAACAACUACGUCAACUUCCGGCCGGACGACGAUCUCGAUGACGACGUACGCAACCUCAAGUCCGAUGACUACGAGGACAACAGCAGCGAUCCGGUGUCGAAGGUUUCCUCCAAAGGGUUUCUGACGAAAAAGCAAAAGGUAAAAUACAACCACCUGCUCGAGCGGGGCGGUAGCGGCUCAAGUGGCCAUCACGGAAAUGGUGAUAUCGGCGUCGCCCUUGGCCCUGCAUCGUCCGUCAGCAGCACGAUCGGGCAGAAGGUCAAAGCGAACGUCAGCGGCUACCGGAAGGUGCUGUCGUCGGAGAGUGGCAGCGGCGUAGUAGGCAGCGGGAAAAGCAAAAAGGACGACCACCAUUCAUCCAAGCAACCGAAGGCGUGCAAAACGAUGGGAUUCAGCAACAUGAGCUUCGAGGAUUUCCCGUCUGACGAACUGGCCGAUGAGGUGGACGUGGUCACGACGGAUGGGCAUCGAUUGAGCGGAGUGGUGGCGGCGGCCGGCAGCAAGCUAAUGAAGAUGGCUCCGUUCGAGGUGAUCCGCAACGAAAAGAUGCUGCUGGAGGCGGAGAAAAAGUUUGGUUCACUGAAGCGUCGCAGCAACCCAUUUUCCUGAUUGUACGCCGAAGGAUACAAGAAACGAAAGUGAACUCCGACGGUUCCGUGGGUUUGACCUCGUUAACUACAACAGUAUAUACACAGAUAUUUAUAGACAUUGUUUAGGAACCACGUAGGCAGCUAAUGCGCAACUAAUUUAUUCAGCCAUUUUGCUCCUUCUUUGAAUCCGAUCCGCAACGGGCGGGCUGGUUCGGGCUGCCGUUCUCCACGCGCUGAGCGGGAGUUUACGCACAUCGCUUAAAUUUCGUUGAGUAUGUAUUUAUGAAAAUUCGUUUAGAAGUAAAAACUAUUAUUAAAAAGUUGUGUCAAUACGCUUUGCGCAAAGCGUAUGAGUGUACUGAGCUAACGAAGAAGGAUGUCGAGAUUGACGACUGAGCACCUGCGAAUGUUGAGUGAAACGUAGGACCUUUUUCCCAGUCAGGAUGCAGCUAUACAGUUAGUUCAGCGAUUAGUGCACAAAGUAAGCGAAGAGUCCUCUCUUGCUGGCACUAUGCGCCACUACAAAGACUAUAUUUAUCUCGAUAUUUCCAAACAAGCAGACGAAGCUAUUGUGUUCGGAGAUAGUGUUUGUACAUCUGUGAUGGAGUGAUACGGAGCAGUGUCUGGUUGUGCGUCGGUUUUCCACUUUCAAGUUGACCAAGUUUGGCAACGGCAAACACUGUCUUUUCUAUCGGCUCCAAGAUCACGAUCAGCCCCUCUAAGCCUUCGGGAGAACCACAGGAUCAGAAUCUGCAUUUCUUCUCAAAUCGCAAGGUCGCCAUCCGCUUUUUUGGUUUAAAGAGAAACAUGAGGUUCCUGGACUGCGUGGACACCGAUCUAAUCUGCGAACAUCUU